CCGAGCUCGCACAAGUACUUAUCCGGAGCGCGCAGGUAGAGGUGGAUGUAUCCAAUAAAUCUCAAACAGAUCUGUCUGUCUUCGAUGUGUCCCGUCAUGGACCAGAGUGUUAAAGCGGCUGCAGCCCUGCACUCUCGCACUCUGCCCGCAGCCAGCUCGCCCAGCGUCCUGCUCGCGUACAAAAACGCGACCGGGUUCAAAGUCAGCACGCUCUCCAAAGCGGGAAUAGGAAUCCUGAAACUGGCCACGACGCAGCUGAAGCAGCAGGAGAAGAAGACGAGGGUUGUGCGCACGUCCAGUCUGGGUAAAGCACACCCGGCGUCCGUCGAGAAAAAGUCCCCUCUGGACCAGCUGACCGCGCUGGUCCUGCACGGCCACGCUCGUCUCCAGCCGCUGGCGAUCGAGUCCCAUGCUACCAAACCGCAGAACUGCAGGCGCAUCGUGGUGCUCGGCGCGCCGCGGGUCGGGAAGACCUCCAUCCUGCGCCGCUUCCUGCGCGACGGCUUCGAGGAGCGAUACGAGCCUACGAGUGAAGAUUUUCACCGGAAACUCUACCAAAUUCGCGGAGAAACUUACCAGAUAGACAUACUGGACGCGUCUGGGGAGAGAAGCUUCCCUGCCAAGAGGAGACUGUCCAUCCUGACCGGGGAUAUAUUCCUGCUCGUGUUCAGUCUUGACGACCGCAGCUCGUUUGAGGAAGUGCGCGCUCUGCACGCCGAGAUCGUAGCUGCCAAAACGGCCUUGCACUCAUCCAAACAGAAAGUCUGCGUACCGACUGUAGUCUGCGCGAACAAAGUGGACUUGCCCUCCGAGGAGCACGCGGUGUCUCGGACUGAGGUGCUCCGUGCGCUCGGUAACGGCUGCGCUCUGUUCGAGACCUCCGCCAAAGACGGUGUGAAUAUGGAGCAGGUGUUCGAGGCGCUCGCGCGGCGCGGCGGGCUCCCUCUCGAGACCGGACCCUCGCAGCACAGGAAAGUGUCCAUCCGCUCGUACCAGGCGCUCCGGGCGGCACGGCAGGCGGAGAAAGGGAGCAAAGCGGCAGGGUGCGACGCUCCGUGCGGGGCGCUCUACCCGCUGGCCCGCAGACCGAGCUUCGGCACCGACCUGCGGCUGGUCCUCGGGCCCAAAAGCAACCGAAAGCAGAGCAAAGCGCUGGACAAGUGUCAGAUUCAGUGAAACAAUACAGACUGAGAGAAACAGAACUGCUUUCAACAAAGAACACUGAUGAUAUUGCAGAUAUUUUUAUAUGUGUUAACCUUUUUCAUCCGUUGGAGAUGGAUCAGAACCCUUUUUAUAUAUUAUAUAUACUAUUAACCAUUGCAUUCUGCAAUUGCAUUUCAUUGCAUCCUGGCUUAUAAAAUGCAUGAUGAUGAUGUUGCAUAUGCUGGCAUUGCAAAGCCAUUAAAAUCAUUUUACUGAUGUACAGACUUUUAAUUCUGCUUAAUGCAUUUUAAUGAGGGAGGGACAGCUACUUUAGUCACUUUAAUGUUGGCUGAAGUUAAUUUAAUGACAUUUAACAGAAGGAUCCCCAUUACAAACCUUAAGACCUGAAGGCCAUAUUUAAUGACUUGAAUGAAAAUACUGUGAUUAUGUCUGAGACAUGAUGAGCUGAACUGACUUCAGGCCACUCUUAUCACUCAGAGCCUCGUUUUUAUGGUGUCUUUCUGAUUAAAAUCCACUGAGAAUGACUGAAAAGCCUGCUGAGCGGCUGGUUUGUUGAAUGCAUGUGAUGCUGUAUAAUAUGUGUAGACAUUUAAAAUAAAAGAUUUUCAUACAAAGCCUGA